UCAAAGGACAAUGGAUGUAUUGUCGCAAACUGAGGAGGCUUUAAAUGAUCUGCUUCAACUGUCAAGCUUUGUAUCAGUUGAGAACAGCCUGUUUCUUGUUGAAGAGGCAUUGCAAUGUUUGGUGGAUAAUCCUCAAGAAAAUACAGAAGACUCUCUGUUUAGGGUGGAGAAUAAUACUAGAGGAGAGAAAUAUGAAAUUCCAAGAGAAACUCUUGAAAGCCUUAUCCAUAACAACUUGAAGGUGAGGAAAAUUGCAGAACUUCUAAAUGUAAGUAAGCGAACAGUUGAAAGAAGAAUGAGUGAAUAUAAUUUGACCAUUCGUCAAAGUUAUAGUCGAAUAUCUGAUGAAAAACUAGUGUUUGAAGUGUCAAAACUAUGCCAUGAGCAACCUAAUGUAGGAUACAGAACAAUUCAAAGUCUUUUGCAGACUAAAGGACUUCGGAUUCAGAAGAACAGAGUAAGACAAUGCGUUAAGGACUGUGGCACUUGUGGUAUUCUGUUAAGAAGAGUAUUUUUGUCAUCUUCAAGGGUGCAUAGAAGAACUUACAGCGUAUCUGGUCCUCAAGCACUUUGGCAUAUCGAUGGGAACCAUAAGCUUAUAAGGUGGAGGCUGGUAAUCCAUGGAGGUAAAAAUGGGUAUUCCAGACUACCAGUGUUCUUGAAAGUUAGCAACAACAAUCGUUCCGACACUGUUCUUUGUGCUUUCAUAGAAGCUGUUAAUGAGUUUGGCUUACCACAAAAGGUCCGUUUAGACAAAGGUGGAGAGAAUGUAAAAGUUGCAGAGUUCAUGCUUCAGCAUCAAACUGGAGUGCCCAGAUGUUUUAUUGCUGGAAGAUCUGUUCAUAAUCAGAGGAUCGAGAGAUUAUGGAGAGAGGUGUGGAAUGGCGCUACCAGUCUGUAUUACUCCUUGUUCUACAACAUUGAAGAUGAGGGAAUUUUGGAUGUUUCCAAUGAGAUACAUAUUGCUCUACUUCACUUGGUCUUCUUACCAAGAAAUCAAUCCCACUUGGAUAGGUUUGCAGAGGCAUUGAGAAGGAGAACACCACGGACUGAAAAUAAGUGCACCCCUAUCCAACUAUGGAUCACAGGACCAAGAAGCUACUCAUCUGAUCAUGAACAGUGGACCAAAGUGAAAUGCGAUGAUUUUGUUACUGUGCCAUAA